AUGGGCGCUAAUGCAUCGACUUCUUCUUCUCCGGAUGAGCACAGAAAAAGGCGCCUAGUUCGGGCAUCUGAUCUUGGAAGAGGGCCAGAGAAUGAUCAGAUCGAUCCUUUUGACGAUGAGGAGUCUUUUACACCGCCACGAAUGGAGGGCGAUCAAGACACCGAUGACAGUGAUGAUGGAGAAGAUGCACACAUACAUGUCAAUCAAAGCAGGGCCGAGUUUUUCGAACGCGAAAGACGUAUUGUUGAGCGAGACUCUGACGAAGGCGAGGAUUUAUUCGGCGAACACAUGGAGAGGUAG